AUGGCGAAAACAAACUCAUUGAAUAAUUUCAUCUAUUUCCUUUUCUUUUUUGUCCUUCAUCUGGCCAAAGCUUUCAAGCCAUCUAUAAAAACGGUCACAGUCAACCCAUGCACCCUCACUCCAACCAUUCCUACAUAUAUCUCUCCUUCAUCACCUUGCCCAACUAUCACCAUCUCCACUUCUCAUACCUCCUGUCCACCAACAACCCCAACAUCCUGCUCCCCGAAUUUCUGCAUCUCAGAUGCCUUUAUAACAGUUCCCUGCACCUGUCCCUACGCCGUACCAACCACCACCCUCUACACCCCAUGUCCCUCCGCCUGUUCGCAAACUUGUAACAUCGGACAUCAAAUCUACCAUGAAACAUCCUGUUCCACCACAAUCGUCUCUCCAACUUCCCUCACCGUACCCACGGGUGGUCCAACACUCUGUUCCUGUCCUUACUAUCCUCCCUACCCAACUUAUUGCAAUCCGCCCUGUCCAGUUCACACCUCCACCUCUACCCCCAGCAUCACUACUCAAACUCUCCCUACUACAACCCCCAAUUUCGUCACCUGCUCCUGUCCCUACUAUCCCCCCUACCCUACAAACUGCAUCUUCCCCUGUCCCAUCCACACCCUGACAACUACCACUCCAACUAUCACUCCAACUUCGAGUUGCGAAAGUAUCACGCUCACAAAGGGAGAUUCGUGUCCGUCGGUUGUGGGGGGUCCGUGUUCGAGUCCUGAUUGUGUAUAUCUCUCUACCGUCACGAUAAAUUGUGGAUGUGGUGGAUCGAUUGGGACGGUGACGAGUUGCAAAACAACAUGUGAUAACGGGACGUGUGGGACUGAGUGGCGGACGCUUGCGUUGCCUUGUCCGACGACUGCGAUGGUGGGUUGA